UGUUUUAGUGUCUUGGAGAUUUGUAAUAAGUCCAAAGCUUUACAGUCAUUAAUGGUAGAUAAUUAUCUGGUGUCAAUCCCAAGAACCCACGAACUGAUAUUAAAUUAAUCAAUCUACCCUGGUCACUGAGUUUUAUUAACUAUUACUAAGCUAAUUAUAAGCUUAAUUAUUCUCAUAUGUCCUAUAUAUUAACUUUCGUGGUCUUCCUCUAACUCCUUUGUUCCACCAUACCCAAAAAUGCAAAACUUUUAGUAGGAACAAACUUAGAACACAAUAUUUUUCUUUUUUCUUUUUUUAAAUGGAACCCAAAUCUUGCUUGCUGUUCUUCUACUGUUGCAUUGGUCUCUUUCUGGUUAUUGCAGAGGGUGCUAAUAGCAUUCCAGUGCCAAAUGAUGAAGAAUCAACCUUACUUUUGAUGAAAAGAAGUUUGAUCGAUCCGUUGAAGAAGCUCGAAGAUUGGAAAGCGGUGAGUAAUGCGGCGGAAACCAGAUUGGCUCAUUGUAACUGGACUGGUGUUUGGUGUAACUCCAGAGGCUUUGUUGAGAAACUUGAUCUUUCUAAUAUGAAUCUCAGUGGCAUUGUAUCGGAUCGUAUUCAAGGUCUGCGCAGUCUCUUGAUUCUCAACCUUUACAACAACAGUUUCGAUACGUCUUUGCCAAAGUCAUUUGCGAAUCUCACUUCACUGCAGAGCAUUGAUGUGAGUCAAAACAACUUCAUUGGCAGCUUUCCAACAGGUCUUGGGAUGGCUUCAGGAUUGACUUAUGUGAAUGCAUCAAGCAACAAUUUCUCAGGGUUUCUCCCUGAGGAUCUUGGUAAUGCAACUUCACUUGAAACUUUAGAUUUCAGAGGCAGUUUCUUGGAGGGCACGAUUCCUACAUCUUUCAAGAAUUUGCAGAAACUGAAGUUUCUUGGGCUUUCAGGCAAUAAUCUGACUGGAAAGCUUCCGAGAGAGCUCGGACAACUUUCAGCAUUGGAAACUAUCAUUCUCGGUUACAACGAGUUCGUAGGCGAAAUACCAGAAGAAUUUGGCAAUCUCACCAAUCUGCAGUACCUUGAUUUGGCUGUUGGAACUCUCAGUGGUCAAAUCCCAUCAUCAUUGGGUAGGCUUAAACAGCUAACUACAGUUUAUUUGUAUAAAAAUAAUUUCACAGGAAGGAUCCCACCAGAGCUUGGCAAUGCUACUUCGUUGGUUUUCUUGGAUCUUUCCGAUAAUCAGAUAUCAGGAGAGAUACCAGUAGAGUUAGCAGAGUUGAAGGAUUUGCAGCUAUUGAAUUUGAUGACAAAUCAGUUGAAUGGUUCAGUUCCUGUUAAACUUGGAGAAUUGACCAAACUAGAGGUACUUGAGCUAUGGAAAAAUUCAUUCACAGGUUCUUUGCCGAUGAAUCUAGGACGAAACUCGCCUUUACAGUGGUUAGAUGUGUCAUCAAAUUCAUUGUCAGGUGAGAUUCCACCAGGUUUAUGUGAUUCAGGAAAUCUGACUAAACUUAUCCUCUUCAACAACUCCUUUUCUGGUCCAAUCCCAGUAGGUUUAUCAACAUGUAAGUCACUGGUUCGUGUUCGAGUACAAAACAAUCUGAUUUCCGGGACUAUUCCUAUCGGCUUUGGAAACCUCCCUCUACUUCAACGUCUGGAAUUGGCAAAAAACAAUCUUACAGGCCAAAUUCCAGACGAUAUAGCUUUGUCAACAUCUCUUUCUUUCAUUGAUGUAUCUUGGAACCACCUUGAAUCAACCCUUCCUUCCAGCAUCAUUUCCCUCCCUAAUCUCCAAACAAUCAUUGUCUCCCACAAUUACUUGGCAGGCAAAAUUCCUGAUCAGUUUCAAGAUUGCCCAUUGUUAUCUGUGCUUGAUCUUUCGAGCAACCAUUUCUCUGGAGAAAUUCCAGAAAGUAUAGCUUCUUGUGAAAAGCUGGUAACUCUAAACCUUAGAAACAAUCAGUUCAGUGGAGAAAUCCCAAAAGCACUUGCAACAAUGCCCACGCUAGCCAUGCUUGACUUGUCGAAUAAUUCUCUAGUUGGCUCAAUACCGUUAAAUCUCGGCACCCCACCAGCCUUGGAAAUGCUGAACCUGUCAUACAACAAGCUUGAAGGUCCGGUCCCUGCUAAUGGUUUGUUGAUAACAAUAAAUCCUGAGGACCUUGCAGGCAAUGCUGGUCUUUGUGGUGGCAUACUCCCACCGUGCUCUUCAAGUCCGAUAAAAGCACCAGAGCAACCAAGGAAAAUGCACAUUAAACAUGUUGCGGCCGGGUUUAUCAUCGGAGCAUUGGUAAUAUUAUCUGUUGGCAUAACAUUUUUUGCAGGAAGAUGGGCAUAUCAAAGAUGGUACUUAUAUAACAGUUUCCUCAGUGACUUGUUCGAAAAAAGUAACAAUCAAUGGCCUUGGAGAUUGGUUGCAUUUCAAAGGCUAAGUUUUACAAGUAGUGAUAUCCUAGCCUGUAUAAAAGAAUCAAACAUCAUCGGCAUGGGAGGAACCGGUGUAGUUUAUAAGGCUGAAGUCCAUCGUCCACGAGCAGUGGUUGCAGUUAAGAAGCUGUGGAGAUCACAGACCGAUAUUGAAAGCAGUGACGAUCUAUUCGGAGAAGUGAGUCUCCUCGGAAGACUUCGGCACCGUAACAUUGUAAGAUUGUUGGGGUAUGUUCACAAUGAGACUAAUCUAUUGAUAGUAUAUGAGUACAUGCCGAAUGGAAAUCUUGGGACAGCUUUGCACGGUAAACAAGCAGGGAAGGUGUUGGUAGACUGGGUUUCAAGGUACAACAUAGCAGUUGGUAUUGCACAAGGGCUGAAUUAUCUCCACCAUGACUGCCAUCCCCCAGUCAUUCACCGGGAUAUCAAGUCAAACAACAUUCUUCUCAAUGCAAAUCUAGAGGCAAGAAUCGCGGAUUUCGGACUAGCAAGGAUGAUGAUUCAUAAGAACGAAACCGUUUCAAUGGUUGCUGGAUCUUAUGGAUAUAUUGCUCCUGAAUUUGGGUACACUCUGAAGGUUGACGAAAAGAUCGACAUCUAUAGCUUUGGCGUAGUUCUGUUAGAGCUUCUAUCUGGGAAAAUGCCAUUAGAUCCUUCCUUCGGAGAAUCAGUCGAUAUAGUCGAGUGGACUCGAAUGAAAAUCAAGAAAAACAGAGGGUUCGAAGUACUGGAUCCAGCCAUAGCCGGUCAAUGCAAACAUGUCCAAGAAGAGAUGCAACUUGUCCUAAGGAUUGCACUUCUUUGUACUGCAAAGCUCCCAAAGGACAGACCAUCCAUGAGAGACAUCAUUACAAUGCUUGCUGAGGCAAAGCCCAGAAGGAAAAGUGUGUGUCAAAAUGGAGGUCACAAUUCUAGCAAAGAGGCUCCUAUUUUUAGCACCUCACCUGUAACCGGGCUUAUGUAACAGUUCCAUUAAAAUUUCUUUUUCAGGCUAAUGUUUUUCAUUACUUUCUUGUUUAUGUAAAUUUUAUUGAAAAGCCGGCUCUAUUGUAGGCUCAGUUGCAACCAUGCAGGCAAAGGGAUAAAUGUUCAUAUACAAAAGUAUCUUUAAUCUUUUGCAGAAUACAUAAUAAACUUAAUACUCGAUAA